UCUCCGCGGGUGCGCGCCGAGGAUCUGGCUCUGGCCGGCGCCUGCCGCCCUUAUAUUCCGCCGGCCGCCCGCAUGGCUAAUGAGAUGCAAAUGAACGGCCCCCCAAUCUGGCGAGAGCUGUCACAAAGGAGCCACUUUUCCAAACCCUCCUCUCAAUGGAUCGCCAAAUGAUCCUUUUCCAGAGUCCAGUUAUGGGUGUGAGAGGUCUGCAGGGGUUUGUGGGAAGUACCUGCCCACAUAUAUGUACAGUAGUCAAUUUCAGAGAGCUGGCAGAACAUCACCGAAGCAAGUACCCUGGAUGUACUCCUACUGUUGUGGUGGAUGCCAUGUGUUGUCUCCGAUACUGGUAUACUCCAGAGUCUUGGGUCUGUGGUGGCCAAUGGCGAGAAUACUUUUCUGCUUUGCGAGAUUUUGUUGACUCCUUUGCAUCUGUUGGCAUCAAGUUGGUAUUCUUCUUUGAUGGUAUGGUGGAACAGGGUAAGAGAAAUGAGUGGGUGAAACGAAGACUUAAGAACAACAGGGAGAUCUCUAGGAUUUUCCAUUACAUCAGGUCACACAGGGAGCAACCCGGCAGAAACAUGUUCUUCAUCCCCUCGGGGUUGGCUAUAUUUACACGGUUCGCUCUGAAGACUCUGGGUCAGGAAACUUUGUGUUCAUUGAAGGAGGCAGACUAUGAGGUGGCUUCCUAUGGUCUCCAGUACAAUUGUCUUGGGAUUCUUGGGGAAGACACUGAUUACUUAAUUUAUGACACGUGCCCCUACUUUUCAAUUAGCGAGCUCUGCUUGGAGAGCCUCGAGACCAUCAUGCUCUGUCGAGAGAAGCUCUGCGAGAGUCUGGGCCUCUGUGUGGCAGACCUUCCCCUGCUAGCCUGCCUACUUGGCAAUGACAUAAUCCCAGAGGGCAUGUUUGAAAGCUUUCGUUUCAAGUGCUUAUCUUCCUACACUUCUGUAAAAGAGAACUUUGAUAAAAAAGGUAACAUUAUCUUAGCUGUGUCAGAUCAUAUAUCCAAAGUUCUUCAUUUGCAUCAAGGAGAGAAAAAAUUAGAAGAGAUGUUGCCUUUGGGACCAAACAGGGCUCUUUUUUAUAAAGGAGUGGCAUCAUAUCUCUUGCCAGGACAGAGCUCACCAUGGUUCUUCCAAAAACCCAAAGGUUUAAUAAUGUUGGACAAGCAAGUAAUUUCCAUGAGUUCAGACCCUGAAUCCAAGCAAGGAGUUCCCAUAUGUACAGAGCCUGAAUCCAAGCAAGAAGUUCCCAUCAGUACAGAUCCUGAAUCCAAGCAAGAAGUUCCCAUCAGUACAGUUCCUGAAUCCAAGCAAGAAGUUCCCAUAUGUACAGUUCCUGAAUCCAAACAAGAAGUUCCCAUGUGUGUAGAGCCUGAACCCAAACAAGAAGUUCCCAUGUGUGCAGAGCCUGAAUCCAAACAAGAAGUUCCCAUGAGUAAAGAGCCUGAAUCCAAACAAGAAGUUCCCACAUGUGCACGCCCUGAAAUCAAGCAACAGUUACCUGUAGAAACAGACUCUGACUUUAAUCUAGAAGUACCCAUGUAUGCCCAUCCUAAAAUUAAAGAAGAUAAACCCAUGGAUAUGGAUUCUGAAAUAAAACAACAAGUAACCUUGGUUUCAGAUCCUGAAAUCCUAAAGGUUGCCAGGAUGCAUCACAUCCAGGCAGAAAGCUACCUGGUAUACAGCAUUGUCAGCAGUGGAGAGAUCGAGUGCAGCAACACCUUGGAAGAUGAGCUUGACCAGGCCUUGCCCAGCCAGGCCUUCGUUUACCGUCCUGUCCGACAGCGUGUUUAUACUCUGCUCCUGGGCAGCUGCAGAGAUGACAUCAGCGCCAGUCUGGCUGUGAAGGAGUGGUUCGUGUACCCUGGGAACCCACUGCGGCACCCGGACCUCGUCAGGCCUCUGCCGAUGAUCAUUCCAGGGGGAACACCCAGUCUGAGAUCCCUGUGGCUGAACCAAGAGGCAGCAGCGCAGGCGCGGCGUGUGGAUGCACUCCUAGCCUGUUUCAACCUCUCCUCUUCAAGAGAUGAGCUGCUGGCUGUCGAAAGCCCAUUGAGAGCUCUGUGCUGCCUCUUGAUCUACCUCUUUGUCCAGGUGGACACACUCUGCCUGGAGGAUCUGCAUGCCUUUGUUGCCCAGGCCUUGUGCCUCCAGGGAAGAUCGACCGCACAGCUUGUGGACCUGCAGCACCUUCAUGUGAGAGAAGCCGUGAGCACUUCAAGGCCAUCCGGAUUUUGAGACCAGGUAGAAAUGAAGUCAUCAAGAGCUCUGCAUCUUGUAGUGGUUCCCAGGAGGACAGAGAGCUGUGAAUUUGAGUUCCUAACUCUUGAGUUCUGCUCCACCCAGUUGUACAAUAGAACCUGAUUCGGAAGUCCACAGGCACUGAGGAUGUGGCUCUGCCACCUGUGGAUGCUCUGUUCUUCCAGAUUGCCUUAUUCCUGUCAAGUACCUAAGUUGCAGUACUGCUGCAUAGUGGGAGGCCAGACUACCUUGCCCAGCUCCUCAAUCUCACACACAGGAAGCUCUGCAGCCUAGUUUGGUGGAACCAUUAGCUCAGGGUCUAGGUACUGGUGCUGUGGGAAAUGAGGAAGAGGCUAGGGUCUGGGUUUCAUUCCUUCUACAGCACCUCUGAAUGAUGCUCAAGGAUGUUGUGUGUAGAAGGUGUGCCUACGACCCUUCUGUAUGAAGAUCCCUCCUAGUGCUGCUCUUGCCGGUGAACCCUGAAGUUCUGUGGAUAGAACCAAAAUACUUGGGGAGUACAUUAAUCAAACCCUCAGAGUAGUGCUUUCCUGAAUAAACCCUAAAACAUCAGCACAAUCAGAAUUGUCUAAACAUGUACUUAAGAGGCAUUUAGAAAAGUGCUUUAUUUUAUUAUCGUUAAAUAAAACUGCAGGAAUGAAACAAUAGAUGUGUGUCAGUUUGGGUAGCCACAACAGACCUUUGUGGACAGAGUUGCUUAAACCACAAACAUUUCGUUUCUCACAGUUUUGAAGACUUAAAUCCCAAGUGAGACUCCCACAGGUUUGGUGUCUGGGGAGGGCCCUCCAGUUGAGGUGCCGGUGCCCCCUUUGUUUCCUUGCUCCAGCAAGGCGGACACAACAUCUUUGUAUGUGGUGCUGAGGAUCGAACCCGGGCCGCACGCAUGCCAGGCAAGCGCGCUACCCCGCUUGAGCCACAUUCCCAGCCCCUAUUAUAGAUUUUUAAACAAUCACAUUAAAUAAAUAACCUUCUGAAAGCAAAAACUUUGAAAAAAAUGGGAGUUCAUUGCCAAAAAUAAUAAAAUUUACUUGGACAAGAAAAUAAGACCUUCGUGUUGUGGCCUCACGAGGUGGAGCUUGUCUCUGGUGUGGUCUCUGGCUUUUAGGGGCUUUGUGCCUCUCCUGUCCUGCCACCAAUAGCCACCUUGCAUUCCUGGAAACUGUCUUUCCUUAGCCUGCUUAGGAUGGGAUUCCAUAUCCAGGUUUGAGCUCUCCACUUGUCUGAAUUGCCAGUAAGAAAUGGGUUUAAUGUGAAAACUGCAGCAGGCAUAGAAGCAGCGAUGGCACCUGUCUUGGCUAAGUGGGUGCCACAGGGCCAAGGCUCCUGGCCUGGCUCUCUAGGCAGCUUCAGGGAUUCAGGGAUGUUUCAGAAAAUAGGGCGGAGAAACUCCAUGGAGGUUUGGGAGCCGCCGGUGGGCGACUCUGAAUAGUAUAUUUCAUGGUUCAGUUUGUAGUGAGGAAGCCUAGGGUUCAUGGAGCUGCAGGCACAUGGAAGUGCAGAGCCUGUCCUGGGGCUGGGGCCGGCCAUUCAGAGCUUCAUGCAGGAAAGUGAGAGGACUCUGGGGACUGCGUGUUGGGCAUGUGUCACCAGAGGGUGGAGCCGAGCUGGGCAUGCAAGGGCCUGUGAGGACAUGAACUGGGACAGUGGAGUUGAAGUUUGAGUUGGAGAGGGAGGGCAAGAAUGUUAACAGAAUUGUCAGUUGGCAGUGGUGUGUAUCUGUGAUCCCAGUAACUUGGGAGGCUAAGGCAGGAGGAUCGCAACCUCCACCAUUUAGUGAGACCUUCAGCAACUUAGUGAGACCCGAUCUCAAAAACCAAGAAGGGCUGGGGAUGUAGCUCAGUGGUUGAUUUUGUAACCUGCUACUUUGCUGAAUUUGCAUAUUGCUCUAGCAGUCUUCUGGUGGAACAUUUUGGAUCUUCUAAUUAUCAGAUCAUGUCAUCUGAAAACAGUGAUGAUUUAACUGCUUCUUUUUCUAUUUUUAUCCUUUUUUUUUGCCCCUUCUCUUGCCUAAUUGCUUUGGCUAGAAUUUUUAAUACUAUAUUGAAUAGGAAUGGAUGGAGUGGACAUCCUUGUCUGGUUCCAGAUUUUAAAGGAAAUGCUUUUCGUUUACCUCAUUUGCUAUGUUGUUGGCUUUGGGUUUGUCAUAUGUAGCUUUAUGAUGUUGAGGUGAGUUUCUUCUGUCCCUAGUUGUUUCAGUGUUUUUAUCAUGAGUGGGGGGCUGAUUUUGAGAUAAUUGAUUUUUGUUCUUAAUUGUAUUUAUUCGAUGCAUUAUAUUUAUUGAUUUGCGUUUGUUAAACCAUCUUUGCAUUUCUCGGUUAAAACCAAAUGGUUAUGAUGAUCAAUCUUCUUAAUAUAGUCUUGAUUAUAAUUUGCUAAUAUUUUAUUCAGGAUUUUUGCAUCAUAAGUUCAUUGGGGAUAUUGGUUCAUAGUUGUGUUUUUUUUUUCCUUGAGGUUUUCUUACCUGGUUUUGAUAUGCUUUUGAUACUGGCUUCACAGAAUGAAUUUGAAAAUGUUGCUUGAAUGAAUUUUGAAGUUUCUAUUCUAUGGAAUAAUUUGAGGAAUGUUGGCAUUUGUUCUUUUUUAAAGUCUAAUAGAAUUUAGCUAAGAAUCCAUUCAGUCCUGGACUUUUCUUUGUUGCAAGGCUUUUUAUUACUAAUUUUAUUAGUAGUGAGAUAGACUUAACUUAGGUGACUUAACAUCUGUUAAGACAGUUUUAUAAUAUUUUUUCAAGUCUGAAGAUUAUUCACUGAGUUUAUGUUUGGAUGACCUAUCUUUCAGUGAGAAAAGUAUGUUGAAACCACCCAAUAUUAUUGUAUUGGAGUCUGAAUCUUUAAUUUGAAUAUUGUUUUAUGUAACUAGGUGCACCAAUGUUUGGGGCAUAAAUAUUAACUAUUGUUAUAUCUUUUUGUUCCCUUUGCCAGUAUGGAGUGACCUUCUUUGUCUCUUUUGAGGAAUUUUGGCUUGAAGCCUGCUUUGUCAGAUACGAGAGUAGCUACUCCUGCUUGGUUUGGGGCUCCAUUUGCAUGGUAUAUCAAUUUCCAUUCUUUUACUUUCAGCCGGUGGUGGUCUUUACCUGUAAGGUGCAUCUCUUGCAAACAACAUAUAGUUGGGUCUUGUUUUUUAAUCCCUUCUGCCAACGUGUCUUUUAAUUGGAGAAUUGAAAUUUAUAUUCAUUUUUAUUAGAGAGAGCUGUGUAUAAAUACCUAUCAUUUGAUUCAUAUCUAAUGUUUAAUUUGGUUUUGUUUCUCAUUUGCUUAACCACCUUUUAGAUAAGAUUUGUCAUUUGUGAGCUCUGGAGGUUUUUUUUUAUUCUGUUUGAAGUGUUUCUUUAAAUAAGUUUUUUAGUGCUGACUUAGUAGCAAGGAAUUCUUUUAGUUUCUGUUUAUCUUGCAAGAUUUUUAUUUCCCUUCAGUUUUGAAGAAUAUCUUUGCUGGGGGCUGGGGAUGUGGCUUGAGCGGUGGCGCGCUCGCCUGGCAUGUGUGCGGCCCGGGUUCAAUCCUCAGCACCACAUACAAAGAUGUUGUGUCCGCCGAAAACUAAAAAAUAAAUAUUUAAAAAAAAAAAAGAAUAUCUUUGCUGGAUGUAGCAAUGUUGGUUGACAGUUAUUUUCUUUCAGAGCUUCAACCCAGCAUUCCAGCCCUCCUCACUUUAAAGUUUUUUUUUUUUUUUUUUAAUGGUUGUAGGUGGAUAUCAUGCCUUUAUUUGUUUAGUUUUUAUGCGGUGCUAAGGAUCAAACCUAGUGCCUCACACAUGCUAGGCAAGCACUCUGCCACUGAGCUAUAGCUUCAGCUCCACUUUAAGAGUUUUUACUGAGAAAUCAGAAAUAAUUCUGACUGUCUUGCCUCUAAAUGUGUUCUGAUGUUUUCUCUCGAGGCCUUUAAAAUUCUGUUCUUGUUUUGUUUGUUUUAAUGUAUCACAGAGUGGUUCUUUUUUGAUUGUGUCUAUUUGGGGUUCUGAAUGCUUCCUGUAUCUGGAGGUCCAUCUCAUUCCCAAGGUUUAAAUUUUUUCUGUUAUUAUUUCCCUGAAGAGGUUAUCCAUGCCAUUAGUCUGUGUUUCAUCAUCUUCUUCAAUUCCGGUGAUUUUUUUAGCUUGGUCUCUUACUGUCCUAGAGUUCUUGCAUAUUCUGGUCUGGUUUCUUUCUUUCUUUAGUACUGUCUGAAUGUUCAAGGUUGGCAUUUUGUCUUCCAGCUCUGAGAUCAUGUCUUUAGCAUGAUCUACUCUGUUAGACAUUAACCUGAACAUUUCAUUUGAUUUAUUAUUAUCUUUCAUUUCCAAGAUUUCUGUGGUUCUUUUUCAGUAUCUCUCCUUAUCGAAUUUAUUGUUCGUACCCUGUACUGACUUCAUUGAUGGAGUUGUAUGUGUGUGUUUUCUUGGAAUUUAUUGAUCGUUUACACAACCAUUUUGUAAAAUUCUUUAUCUGGUAUUGCAUUCACUUCAGUAUCUUUAGAGUCACUUGCUGGUGAAUCGUGAGCUUUAGGAAGUGUUGUGCUACCUUGCAUUUUCAUGUCUCUUGAUUUACUCUGUUGGGUUUCAGGCAUCUGUUGGAAUGAACUUCUCUCUCUCUCUCAUGUAUGGGCCUUCUCUUGCCAGUGUGUCCUCACACAAUCUAGACGGAGACCUCUUCCUAGGUUUGGUGUCCCAGCCUUGGUGCUAACUCUGGUUUUGCCAUGGCAGUGGAUGUCCAUGAGUGGGACUGGGGAGCUACCACUCCACCCUAAUUGUUAGUUGGGGGUUUGUUUUUUCUCCUUUUUUUUUUUUUUUAUAUUGGAGUGCAGUGGAGUUUGAAUGUCAUCUGUGUAUGGUGCAAGGUGUGCUGUCUUUUGGCUGAGUUGAGUUUAGCAGUAGACUCUCCAUCCUGUGAACUCGCACAGUGUCCCUGUGGAUUCCCAAAAUCUCACAGAAAAGGAGAACAAAACAGUAACAACAAAAGCAAACAACAUAUGGCAUUAAAACAAAUACCUGUUGCUACUAUGACAUCUACAACACCAUUACCACAAAAACAGGAAUGGUAGGGAUGCCAGCAGCAAAAACAAUAAAUGACCAUGAACUAGAUCUAGCAUUGAAAUAAAAAGUAGGUAUCAAUUGUCUUCCACAGCACUAAUAACUGCAAUAACAUGAGUGGUGGGGAAAGGAGUCACAUAAACCAAAUAGUUCUAAAAAAACUAUUUAAAAAAUUCAUUAAGAGAAAAUAAAAUGUGGUAAGAAGGUAGAAGAGUUUAGAGUGUUCAAAAUGUGAACAGUAAAUGCAGAAGAGAUGUGGCAAGUGGUGAUUAUAAAGUAGGAGGAUAAAAAUAGGAAAAAAAGUAAAUGAAGAGAGAAAGAAUAAGAAUUUAGCUGAAAAGAGGAGGAGAGAAAAAUAAGGGAAAAAAUGCAAAACAAAAGUCCUAACCCUCAAAAGAUAAGAAAAAGUAAUUAUCAUAAAAAUGCUAAAACUGAGAGAGAAACAAAUAUGGAUACGUACAUGUGUAUCCAUGGACCAAUGAGCGCAGCGAGGUCGUGAAGACACAUAGCUAAUGGAAGAGUCAUCCCCACUGAGGUGGUCAGAACACUUGACAAGGAUGGGUGGGUGCUCACUGCUGUGCCAGACUGUCCUUUCCAGUUCUUUUGGGGCUGAGAGAGAAGAGGAUUGGUGCUUUUCAACCCCUUCCCCUUUUUUUUUCCUGUUGUUCACUGCUGAGGGCUGGAAUGGCCUAAAACUGAAGCUGAUUGAAAUUGCUCUGUGUGUGAGACCCUGCAUGGUCACAGGUCCUCAGGGAGGAGGAGGAGUAAGGCCGCCCAGGACUUCUAGAGUAGGGAGCAGCUCUGUAUGACACUUCUUGGUGGGAUUUUGUCAUUAAGCAUUUGUCAGAACCAUGGAAUCUACAGCAUAGAGUGAGCUCUCCUGAAAGCUAUGGACGUUGGUUGGCGAGUUAGUAGGCCCAUUAAUUUUGAUAGACAAUCAAUCCCUGGUGGGGUGUUGAGAGCAGGGCUGGCUCUGCAUGUAGUUGCAGGAUGUAUCUAAAGAAUUUUUUUGAAAAAAAUAAGUAAAAUCAGUAACCUCUGAGAAUCUGUAAGAAUUGGAGAAGUUCAGUUGCCAGUAGAAGGAGUGUACAUACAUAGCACACUGCUCACAUAAAGAUGCAGUGGGAGAACUUCCUGCUGGUACAGGAGAGCUCAGGUCAGUGGAACCCUCUCUGUGGGCGUUGGGCCUGGUGCCAGUGACAUGUGAGGAGACAGGCUGCUUGAGCCAUUGUCUGUAGAAAAUUUGCCCCACAGAGACCUCCAGGCCAGAGGGCUCCUGUGAGUUUCCCAGACCCCUGAGGAGCAGCUGGGUAAGGAAAGGCUCUCUAAGCACUUUUUAUGAGUUCAGCUGAACCUUGAUACCAAAAUCUAACAGCAGCAUGAUGAAAAAUGAACAUUUUAGCCCUGUUUCAUGAAAAAUAAUUCAAAUUUCCAAGAAAAAAAAAAAGCAAAUUGAGUCUAGUAGUAAUAUGUAAAAGCUUAUGGGACAUGAUAGGCAAGCGGGUUUAUUUUUGUAAUCC